AGAAAAGAUUCUGAAUCGGAUUUUCCCGUAAACCCUUUAUCAGGAUCGGUGAAUCAGAAGGCCGCGAAGGGAUCGGUGGAUUCGCGGACACCUAGUAUAUAAGAGCAGACCAGUUGGCUGGCAAGGCACAGUCCGAUGGGAUAGGCAUGGCAUAACCGAACCACCGAUCCUCCGGUCUAGUGGCGUGUAAGAUCUCGAUAGAAGAGAACGUGCCAAGUCCCAGCGACGACGCGACGCGACAGUGUACAAUGUUACGUUAACCGGGUCUGAGAAAAAUUUAACAACCGAAAAAUAAAUUCCGGGAACCGUCGUGAAGUUUUCACCUUCGCCCUCGCCUGAAGAUAAGCGGUACCGAACCGGAAAAUCGUUACCUGCCAGUUAUGAGAUAACUUGGUAGUAUAUAGUUUUGAAUACGAAAACUACGCAAAGUCAUCGAGAAUGUGGUAUUUAGGCUUUUUUCUGAUCGGUGCGGUGAUGGCCGGAGAAUCUGGUCCGGAGAUCGACUACCCUGAAUUUCCGAUACAUUACUCUCCUCUGCCCCAAGAAGAAGGACCCCCGAGUCCACUCCCUGGUAUGCUCUACCCACGGGAAAGUGAAUCGCGGGAGGUGAAAUCUUUAGACGGUAUGUGGGACUUCAUCAUUUCCCCAUCGGAUGACACGUUAUUAGGCUAUAAGCAAGCAUGGUUUGCCAACGAAUUGUCAAAGGUAGGAAAUGUGAUGCAAAUGCCUGUUCCUUCGUCGUACAACGAUAUCACAACAUCCAGGGAACUGAGAGAUCAUAUAGGGGCUGUUUGGUACCAGCGUACCUUUUUUGUGCCGACAUCGUGGCGAGACCAAAGAGUCUUUGUCAGGUUCGGUUCUGUAAAUUAUCUCGCGCAGGUGUGGGUAAACGGAGGAUUGGUUACGAAUCAUGAAAUGGGUCAUCUCCCAUUUGAAGCUGAGAUCUCUUCGUAUUUGGUUUACGACGGUAAAAAUCGUAUUACAGUCGCGGUGGAUAAUACCCUCCUUCAGACGAGCGUGCCACAAGGGAAAAUUGUCGAUACCGCCGCCGACAAUGGAACCGUCCACGUGCAGACUUACACUUUUGAUUUCUUCAAUUACGCCGGCAUACAUAGGCCUGUUUUAUUGCAUACAAAGCCUAGAGUGUACAUUAAAGAUAUCACUGUAAAAACGGGAUUGAUCGGCGAUAUUGGCAUAGUAAAGUACAUAAUCGAACCAGCCGGGUUGCACGAGCGAGAAAUUCCUAUCUGCAAAGUGAACCUACUCGAUGCCGAAGACGGUUUAGCUGUAAAAGAGCCAGUUUAUGGAAUUUCCGGUACGCUGAAGGUACCGUCGCCUAAUCUAUGGUGGCCUAUUGGUAUGCAUUCGAAACAGGGAUACCUUUACACCUUGGAGGUUUCGUUGUCCGUGGCAAAUGACAGCAAAGUGGACGUGUACAGGCUUCCGAUCGGUAUAAGAACGUUGACAUGGACAAACACGAGUUUGCUACUUAACAAUAGAUCCUUGUAUCUGCGGGGAUUCGGCAGGCACGAAGAUUCGAUCAUCAGAGGACGCGGUUUAGAUUUGGUCACCGUCGCUAGGGACCAUGAACUGUUACGAUGGGUCGGUGCGAACGCCUACAGAACUAGCCACUAUCCAUACAGCGACGAAGUACUUGAUCUAGCUGAUCGAUUAGGCUUCCUCAUCAUUAACGAGUGCCCAUCAGUGGACACUGAGAACUUUUCGGCAGCUCUUCUUUCUCGUCAUAAGGAGUCGUUAUCGGAGCUCAUAAGGCGAGACAAGAACAGACCCUCUGUAAUCAUGUGGUCCAUCGCUAAUGAACCGAGAACGCAACUUCCGAAAGCCGAUAUUUAUUUUGAACAGAUCGUUCAUCAUACGAAGACGCUCGAUCCUACCAGACCAGUCACUAUCGCUAUGGCUCGAGCAGUGCAGGAAGAUAAAGUUGGCGAAUAUCUCGAUGUUAUCAGCUUUAAUCGUUACAAUGCCUGGUACACGAAUCCAGGGAGGGUCGAUAUGGUAACGAGCAGAGUUAUUGCGGAGGCCGAAGCGUGGCAUAAAAAAUACAACAAACCUGUGCUUAUGUCCGAGUACGGUGCCGAUACCAUGCCCGGAUUGCACGAGCUUCCUGAGUAUGUGUGGAGCGAAGAAUAUCAGAAGGAAAUACUGUCUCAACAUUUUAAAGCCUUUGAUCAAUUAAGGAACAAGGGAUUUUUCAUUGGCGAAUUUAUUUGGAAUUUCGCUGAUUUUCGAACAGCUCAAACUUCUUUUCUAGCAUUCAUCAGAGUAGGUGGCAAUAAGAAGGGAAUAUUCACAAGAGACAGGCAACCGAAAAUGGCAGCUUUCCAUGUUCGAAAAAGGUAUCAUUCCCUCCAGAAGGAAUUGGAUGGAACAGAAUUACCGGACGAUCUCGAAAACUAUGUGUCACCUCAUUACGCCGCCGACACGAGAUUCUAACGUUCGUCUUUCUAAUUUUUGUUAACCAAUUUUAAAGCAGGACUAUUUUAUUGUUCAAACUAUACACGGACCUUUGUAAGAAGCCGAUUCGGUUAUUUUCUCUCUUUUAGAUGUUCUUAUGAAAAAAUCAUGUCUAUGUCAAAAUAUUAAUGCGUUUUAUACAAAUGUACCUCAGUUAUUGUAAAUGUACUUUUAUAUUUGAUUAUUACAAGAAAUAUAACAAAUUUUUAAUAAGAACA